AGAUGUUUUACGCGUGCCAUCUAAAGACUCUUAUCGCUAAUAGCCGCCUGUUCUCUUAUGGAAUAUGAACUUCCGAUUUCUUAAGCAAUAUUCUAGAUGCUUCUUUACAAAGACGCCCAAGCGCUCCUUGCUCUAAGAGACUAAGCCAGUUCUUCUCUACAGUCCACCGUUGAUUCACGCGUUCUUUUCGAUCAAACGGCGACCAACUUCGCCUUGCAUAGUAUUUAAGAGAUCACGCAUCACGUUUACUCGCACUCAGCGUAUUGAUGCGGCGUUUUCAAGACGUGGGCGAGAAACAAAAACCAAGGGAAAGCUAGGAUUUCAUAAGAACCCGAACGUUCAUCAACGACGAUGCCGGAGAAACACUGGAAUCAGAUAUUUCUUCAUGCAAGCACAAUUAAAUAUCGCCUGCUUAGUGGUUAUGCUUGACAAUAUAGCUAGAAACAACCGUGAGAAUCAAAGGAAGUGGGAAAAAAUAAUUGGAUAAAAUGCAAUUGGGGUUUUAAAUUAGGAAGUGGUUGAUCUUAAGGGAGACGUAGUUUGCAGUGCCUAACAAAGUGGUACUUAAAAUUGAAGUUUCGUCGAGGGAAAGACAUAACAACCAAAGAGCAGUGCGUAUUCGCACCCAAGAGUCAUUGCCAUAUCUCCGUAAGGAAGAAUAAGAAAGAGUGGUCGCGAAGAAUUUCUAAGAAAAGAGGAGGACAAUCUUCUAGGAAUUCGAUCCAGCGAAUCUUCGAGGAUAAAAAGGGUGACCCGAAACUCUGGAAAUUAUAGCAAAGUGCUUGGAGGUAAAUUGAUUUGAAAUUGAGUGUCUGAGAAAUUCUUGGUUUUUAGAAACUUGCUUUUGAAGUGAGUAGAAACGGAAGGAAAGAAAAUACUUACAUUUGGGAAGAACAGUAGUAAUCGGUUACACAUGAAUACAAAGAAACGGUGUACUCCAGUGUUUACCGUAACUACAAGUUAAAACUAAAUUCAGCUAAGGAGAGGCUACCGAGAAAUGACCUUCAAAUAUUGAACAUUUUGCCGCGAUAGCUUCGACGCAAAAGCGUCGUCAAGAAAUUAGAUUAAAUACUUACCAACAAACAGACCUCUCAAAUAACGAUGCCAAUUUCAUGCAAAUUAUCGUGUGGUGUAAUCCCUUGAAAGUCUCUUGUUUCUCUUAACAUCGUCAGAGAGUGCCUGAUUUCCUUGGAGUAUUUGGGUGAUUUUCGGCACGCGCGUCGUUUCUUUGGUGAACUUGACAAUAGCGGGCAGAGUUUGUACUUCUCACGACGUAUUUAUAUUUGCCUCGGGGGAAAAAGGAUUAUUUAAUGCCAUCUAUUUCCAUUGUUAUGAUAAGUACUCUGGAUAACGCUCAGGAAAUAGACUUAGGGCUUUUUAUCUGAAGGAAGAAGAUAUAGUUAAAAUAAGAGAAGUAAACCAAGGGGAAGAAGGAUUAAAAGAAGAAGAAAAAGAGGAAGAAGAAGAAAAGAAGAUAGAAAAAGUCGAUGACAAACUAAAAAAGUAGAUAAGAUUUCACCCAUUUAACCAAAGACAAUUAGACCGACAUCGAGAAAGCAAAUAUCUGGACUUGGGUGUCGUUGAAGAUAUCAUCAAGGUAAACAGUAUAAAGUGGCCUAAAACUACGGUUGAAACCAAACUUAUUGUGACAUUAUGAUGAGAAAUGUAGUUGUUAUAUAAGCCAAUUUCGGAAACAUCAAAAAUGAACUGAUAAAGGGGACGUUGGAAAAAAAAGUUAGAAAGACGGAAGUUGAGAGAUUACAAUCAAAGGGAAAAAUAGAGUUUUCUAUGUUAAACAGGGAUUAUCAUUGAAGACAUCUGAAGUUAUUAAAAAGUUUAUAACGGUGGACUAUGGUGUGAGGAGCAAUAGAUUUGGAAGGAAAGAGAAGAACCCAAACAAUCCUUUAAGUGGAAAAAGCGGAAACCGGAAAAAUCAAUCAAAACUGAACCAAGCAACAAGCCAUGUUACAAAGCGAGCCCGCAAUGUCACUGGAGCUACAACCUCGCUCCUUAACCUGGGUUGUCAUAGAAACCACUGCAUACGUCACGCUAGACAUCGUCAUCUUCGUAGGAAAUCUAUUGAUCUGUAUCGUCGUGUAUCGCAACCCGCGCAUGCGUAGUAUCACUAACAUGCUAGUGGUCGCCCUCUCGACCACUGAUCUCCUGACAGCAUGCAUUACACUCCCAAUGGCUGCCGGGACGUCUGCUCUCGGGCGCUGGGUAUACGGAAGCCUCGGUUGUCAGUUAUACGGAUUCUGCAGCAAGUUUCUCGUGUACGUCUCAAUAUACACUAUUUCACUCAUUGCCUUGAAUCGCUAUCUCAGAAUCUGUCGCCCGAAAGUGUACAGAAAACAUUUUACGGUUCGGAAGUGUUUCAUUUUCUUGGCUUUUAUUUGGGUUUUCCCAGCGCUCGUCCGCUUAUUACCGUCUGUUCUUGGGUAUGCGCAGUUCACAUUUAGUUCCCAGACCGCUGGCUGCUCUAUGAGUUUCUACAACAUGCGCGCGCAGUCUCCAUACACGCUCUUCGCCACCCUGGUGUUCAUCGCUCUCCCCAUGCUCCUCAUCAUAUUCUGUUACACCGCCGUAUCUCUGCGCGUGCGCAAACAUCGACGCAACGUCACGAGUUCCUUAAACGUGCGAAAUCAGCGCAGCGAGCUCAGGCUGAGCGUCGAGGAAGUGAAAAUCACCCGCACUUUAUUCACCCUCGUUUUCGCAUUUCUCAUCUGCUGGUUGCCUGUCUCCGUAGCACUGCUGAUCGUCCGUGCGAUUGUGGGCUCAGUGCCGAUAAUCGCCGCACGUGUUUUGAACUGCCUUGUCGCCCUGAGUAGUGCGUGCACGCCGUUCGUCUAUGGUGCGCUGAACCGCUCCUUCAGAAGGGAAUUUGUCAAGAUUCUUUCAUGUCAACAAAGACAAAGACUGGAGCCGGGAGAAUUGGAGCUAGACAGGAUUGGGCACCCUGUGGUGGGUACUGAAGGUGGGAACUCCCAAAGCGGGGAGACUCGAACUAGGAAUGGGGCCCAUUCUAUGUGAUGACAAAACAUGUAGGGAAACGACGACGUCCAAUUGACAAUAGGCAACUCGCACUAAGAAAUAACGUUAUUGGGCGAAAAAGCGCGGAUCAUUUGCGACAAAAUAACAACAAAAACCUACCUAUUUGGCGCUGAGAAAGACUAAGGUGUGACGGGCGCAGCCAUGUCUAUCUAUAUUUUGGCUUGAAAUUGCCACUCAAAAAAGUAACUAAUCUGCCAGGUGCAAACCGGCUAUUACUUUGAGUCCCAAGAAAUACUAUGAACAUACAACUGUUUCAUAAAAUGCAUUCUGUGCAAGCAGAGAACGGCAGUAAAAAUCUUAUAUUAUUUAUCCAUAAAAGCAAGAAGAAUAGGAUACGUACCAUGGGACCAGCGUCCAUAGUGAUGCCUUCACGUCCAAUACAGGUUAAUGAGUUGCGGUGCGACACAAAAACCCUGUGUUAACGCCCUUAUAAAAGAAGACGAGGGGUUAGACGAGGGAUCCACUGUCCCUAUUGUGGAGAGUCUCCUGUCCUCUUGCACCAACUGCCUCUUGAAGAAGAUAUGUACGAUGAAACCAGCAUCCAUGGCGGUACUUUCACUUCCAAAUACAGGUUUUUAAGUUAUGGUGAGAGACGGGACCUCUAUGUUAUGGUGAGAGAUGGGACCUCUAUGUUAUGGUGAGAGACGGGACCUCUAUGUUAUGGUGAGAGACGGGACCUCUAUGUUAUGGUGAGAGACGGGACCUCUAUGUUAUGGUGAGAGACGGGAUCUCUAUGUUAUGGUGAGAGACGGGACCUCUAUGUUAUGGUCAGAGACGGGACCUCUAUGUUAUGGUGACAGACGGGACCUCUAUGUUAUGGUGAGAGACGGGACCUCUAUGUUAUGGUGAGAGACGGGACCUCUAUGUUAUGGUGAGAGACAGGAUCUCUAUGUUAUGGUGAGAGACGGGACCUCUAUGUUAUGGUGAGAGACGGGACCUCUAUGUUAUGGUGAGAGACGGGACCUCUAUGUUAUGGUGAGAGACGGGACCUCUAUGUCCUCAUCCGAGAAGACGAGGGGCUCACAGUGCCCAAUAUGAAGAUUCAGGUUUUUACACUACCAAGCUGACUUGACCCGGGUUCGAACCCUGGUCCUCUUGCGUGAGAGAUAGAGACGAUUCCAUUGAGCUAUCGCGCCAUCUUCCCUAGUGAUACAUACACUGUUUAUGAACGGCCAUCAAACAAUGAAAUUGAACGAGUGAUAACUCAGACAGACAUCAUAUUGGCCUAUUUCGUUUACCCUUGUAUUCAGGCCUUUUCAUCAUAUUUAUCAAUACAAAAACUUCAUCAUUUCCAUAAGCUUUAGAGACUUUGUACUAGAUUUAGAAGGAUUUGGAAUAGGUCCAAACUUCACAAAUAAUAUGAGAAUAAGGGAACCUGUAAAUAGCUGAUUAUAAAAUUCUAUAUCCAAUAAGGUUUAUUGCACAACAAA